AUGAUCAUUUGGAGGUCACAGAAGUUGUUCCUCACACUUCCAUUGGAUUUGCGAGAAAGACUCAGUAAUGAACAUGGAUUAGUUGACCGAUGUGAAUAUGAAGGGAAUGUCCAUUGGAACUUGGGCAUAGCUUCUUGCCAUCCACUGAUCGGAAAAAAGAGCACUUCCUUGCUCAAAUCUCAACUUCCAAAGUCCCCAAGUUUGGACCCAAUGGCCAACGUUGGAAUAUUCAACAAUGUGCCUUAUUACGGUCUCUAUGUAAUAGAGAACUGGACCAAGGAGGAUAUUAAACUCUCAGCCAAUACUGCUGCCAGGUCAUCUUUUGCUUUUGGGAUCAAUUGCUUCAUCUUAUAUAUUUAUGGUACUGCAUACAAAGGUGAAUGGUUGAAGAAAGCUUCAUUGUUCAGUGUGAAUGUGAAAAUCGAUAAACCAGAACACUAUCAUAGGGAGGCUGCCUCUGCUAGCACAGUUGCUGAUGUUCACUGUAUGACUUGCAACUGUCUCCUGGAGAACUGGACCAGUGAGAAUAUUAAACUCUCAGUCAAUACUGCUGUCAGACUUCCCCAGUUUAAUGCAGCGUCAAGGCGAUAUCAUUUGUACCAGCUUUGGAAGUCUUACAUAAGAAGGCCGAUGAUACUAGUUGGACCAAGUCUUGGUGCUGCCAUUGCAAUUGAUUUUACGUUCAAUUUUCUGGAAGCUGUAAGAAUUUCAUUCAAGCUAGUGUUGCAUCAAUUAAGUUCAUAUUCAUGCUGCAUGCAGUGUGGGUCCAUAGUCGCAUUAAUUGCAGUUAAUUCAAGUUUAAUUCUGAAAUACAAUCCCACAUCCCAAAUAUAUGUUGUUCGUGAAGUUCUUGUGUUAGCUGUUGUAGAGCUUCCUAACAGUAAUUCCAACAGGAUUGAAAACCUUAAGGUGAUUUGGGCACAAUAUGAAGUAAUGUGGGAUCCAAGUAAUGUCUCACAGGAAGUUAUUGGAAAAGUUUCGAGUGAUUGA